GUUAUGAGCCGCGGCUCCGGAUAGACCAUGCUCAUCUCUCAGCAUCAGCAGCGCCGCUAUAUAACCUGAGCAUCCACCACACAGGCAUCCAGAAAAUAGCGUGUCACCUCGCAAGAAGGGUUAUGAGAGCACACUAACGAGAGAUACGGCAAAAGGUUUCGACAAUGACAAAAUCCUACACAGACAACAGCAUCAUGCCGGAGUCCCAAAGUACCUCCAACUGGACCGACGAAUGCCUGAGCUCUCAAGACGAACACGACAUGGAAAAGAAAAAUGACGAGGACCCCAUGGCUAAAGACGACGAGGACGAGGAUGACGAGCUUAGCAGACUGGAGGACGACGAGGAAGAAGACGAGGAAGAGGAGGAUGAAGAUGACCAGAAACCUAAGCGACGAGGGCCCAAGAAAAAGAAAAUGACCAAAGCCAGGCAACAGCGUUUUAAACUUCGGCGCAUGAAAGCCAACGCGCGAGAAAGGAACCGCAUGCACGGACUCAACGACGCCCUGGACAGCCUGCGCAAAGUUGUCCCGUGUUAUUCCAAGACGCAAAAGCUCUCCAAGAUCGAGACCUUGAGGCUGGCGAAGAAUUACAUCUGGGCGCUUUCGGAAAUCCUGAGGUCAGGCAAAAGCCCCGACUUGAUGUCUUUCGUGCAAGCCCUCUGCAAAGGCUUGUCGCAGCCCACGACAAAUCUGGUGGCCGGGUGCCUUCAGCUGAACCCCAGAACUUUCCUUCCGGAGCAGAGCCAGGAAAUGCCCUCACAUAUGCAAACGGCCAGUGCUUCCUUCCCGGUCCAUCCGUUCACCUACCAGUCUCCCGGUCUUCCCAGUCCUCCGUACGGUACCAUGGACAGCUCCCACAUCUUUCACGUGAAGCCGCACUCGUACGGGAGCGCGCUCGAGCCUUUCUUCGAGAACGCGCUCAAUGACUGCACGAGUCCUUCCUUUGACGGACCUUUGAGUCCACCUCUGAGCGUCAACGGGAACUUCUCCUUCAAGCACGAACCGGCGUCGGAGUUCGAGAAAAAUUAUGCCUUCACCAUGCACUAUCCGGCAGCCGGACUGGCGGGGGCACAGGGUCACGCUUCCCUUUACGCGAGCUCUGCCCCUCGGUGCGAAAUCCCCAUGGACAGCAUCAUGUCGUACGACGGACAUUCCCAUCACGAGCGAGUCAUGAGUGCCCAGCUCAAUGCUAUUUUUCACGAUUAACGGGGAAAGGAUAAAAAACAAAAACAGAAAUAGCACGUUGAAGAACCCAAUCAGACGUACUCAGUGACUGUCUUUUCUACGCGUCCUCAAAUUGAGUACCAUCGCUACAAAAGUGCAAAUAUACGUUUAUUUUGAAGUAUGUACUUAAUGUUGUUACUGCCUUGAGGAGAAUCGGGGGUCCCCAGUCCCAUUCCCCUUAUGUAUUAUAUGUACUCUAUAUAGCGCUUCUAUAUCUAAGCCACGGUCUAACGGAAAAAGAAGAACGGUGGCACUAUCUGAUCCAUUUAACAAAACCGCAAGCAAUAAUUAGGAAUCUAUGCAAUUUUUAAACAAAUAUGGGCCAAUUAAAAUAUAUAUAAAAAAUAUAUAUAUAUUUUUCAACCAGCAUUUUACUACUUAUCUUUCCCAUGCUGAAUUAUUUUGUUGUGAUUUUGUACAGAAUUUUUAAUGAACUUUUAUAAGGUCGAUUUCCUUUUUUAACCCAUGCAGCUCCAUCAAUAUUUUAUAAUAAAAAGAAGUAAAAAAAAAAAGAAAAGUAGAAUUAUGUCUAAUUUAUAUGAAAAGAAAAAAAAAAUUAAAUAAUCUAACCAGCAGACAAGUGCUUAGAAAUCUAUUCUGUUGCCUUAGCACUUCUUUACUGUAAAAUCAUGCAAGCUUGCACAAUUCUAUUUUAUUCUCCCACAAAUUUAUGUUGGUCUUUGGUGAAAGGAGGAAAUUAAAAACUUGUAUCCGAAUAAUAAUAAUAAUAAUAAUAAUAAUAAUAAUAGUAAACCCUGUCCAAGGACUAUUCAUGCCUUGCACCCUAUUCUUGCUGGGAUAGGCUCCAGCUUCCUGGUGAUCUUGCUCUGGAUAAGCGGACUUAGAAAUUUGAUGAAUGGAUGGAUGGAUGAAUGGAUAAUAAUAAUACUAAUACUACUACUACUAACAAUAAUCAUCAUCAUCCUCACCCUCAUCAUCUUAUUAUUAUUAUUAUUAUUAUUAUUAUUAUUCCUGUCCAGGAACGGCUCCUGCCUUUCGCCCUUUGCUUGCUAGGUUAGGAUCCAGCCUGCCCACAAUUCUGCCCAAGAUAAAGCGGGUUUAGAAAAUUAAUGGAUGGAUAAUAUAAUAUAAUAUACUAAUAACAAUAGCCAUAAUGAUAAUAUCUGAUGCACCCUCUUCAGGAAUUGUUCCUGCCUUGGUCUAUAUGCUUGCUGGGAUAGACUCCAGCU